AUGGUCUCUACGACAGAUAAGCUAUAUAACCUCGCGUCUCUACAUUGGCUCUGCUCAAUCUCGACCGAAGAUCUUAGUCAAGACGAACAGGUUCGUAGCCAGCACCACGUACAGGUUGCAGAGGCCGUCUUCGCUGGCCGGUACGCAGGGAUGGACAUCUGCGACCCCCGUCGAGACUCACGCACGCCACAUUCAAGCGGAAGACAACAUGUCUCCAAGAAGUCAGGACGACUCGACAGCACGCCCUCUGCUUGGGUUCUGUUCGGGCGGGAAGGCGCAAACGAUAACAAGCCACGCCUCGCAAUCGUCAGACUCGUGUCGCUGCGCCAUCCCGGGAUCCGAAAGAACAAAAGACAGAGAGAGUGUGAGGAAGUCAGUCAGACCAGCUGGACGACAGGGUCUCCUCGGCCAUUUGAGGGUGCAAGCUCGACGGGACUCCUGCCGGGCUGGACGUCGGUCUAUCAGGGAUGGAUCACCUGCCGGGCUGGACAUCGGUCUAUCAGGGAUGAAGCUCUUUCCUGCCGGGCUGGACAUCGGUCUAUCAGGGAUGAAGCUCUUUCCUGCCGGGCUGGACAUCGGUCUAUCAGGAGUAAGUCACCUACCGGGCUGGACGUCGGUCUAUCAGGGAUGAAGCUCUUUCCUGCCGGGCUGGACAUCGGUCUAUCAGGGAUGGAUCACCUGCCGGGCUGGACGUCGGUCUAUCAGGGAUGA